AUGGAUUUUGCAUUCUAUCAAGUAGUUGUGGAUGUUCUCAUCCCAGACGUUUUAAGCUCCAAUAUGUCUGGUGCGCUAACCUUGCAAAUUCGCAAUUUUGCGAAAUCCCUGGAAAUACAGCUGAAGAAAGCAAUGCAAGGAGCGCCAGAUGUGAUACAAAAAAAGAAACUGUUUGCUGUGCGCACAUUGGCACAAACAUUGAGGCGAUAUACAUCGCUAAAUCAUUUAGCUUCCGCUGCACGUGGUGUCCUCCAGAAACCGGAUCAAAUUCAGCAAAUGUUUCAAGAUUUUAAUCGCGUUGAUAUAGCUAAUAAGCAGAAGAGUUUGGAGCAGUGGGCUGAAUGGAUGGAAGCUGUCGUUGAUCAGGUGUUGGCGAAGUACCACGAUAAGCCUUACAACGUUUUAGCGGAUGUCUCAAAGCAGUUCCUGAAAAAUUGGUCUUUUUACAGUUCAAUGAUAAUACGUGAUCUCACACUUCGUUCUGCCCAGUCCUUCGGCUCCUUUCACCUUAUUCGUUUGCUGUUCGAUGAAUAUUUGCUGUAUUUGGUGGAGCUACGGCUUGCAAAAGCUUCCAAUAAGCCAGUUAUUUCGGUUAUGACACAGCAAGGCAAGAAAAAAUCUGGCAAAACUUACGGUUCGUCCGGCUCAUUUUACUGUGUUUUCAAAAGAAGUACAAAAGUAUGGGCAGUGGCUGCUAGAGCGAGCAGGAACUCUCUUAAUUCCGUCAGGGAACAAAAAAAUUUGUUUAAAAAUUGCUAG